AUAAUACCCCUGUAUAAGUAUUAUGAAAUACACGUGUUUGAUGAUUGCACAGCAUUACCGUGCACAAACACCCGGCUGCACGACCCUAGUGUCAAAAACUUGUUUUCCCUUUUAUCUAUAAGCUACAUAUGUCAAAUCGCGCCAACGUAGGUGGCUGGUUGAAAGGAAAGACAGUCCGGAAAGGUGGCAUAACAUCUAAUGUACACACCGCUCGCUCCAGUACACCUCAAGUUCAGAGCACUUCCUCUACCCUUUUCAGCGGAGGCGUUAAAGAUGCAUCUGGGCGAACUACAGAAUAUUUCUCCAUGGACGACCAAUGCCCUGUGUGCAAGUCUGAUCGGUACUUGAAUCCAAAGCUCCGUCUUCUUGUCAGUUCCUGUUACCACAAAAUGUGCGAGUCAUGCAUCGACCGCUUGUUCACCUUGGGACCCGCACCGUGUCCUAUCUGCCAAAAGGUCCUACGAAAGCUUGCAUUCACUCCACAGACUUUUGAAGACCUUACUGUGGAAAAAGAAGUCGCCGUGCGCAGACGAAUAGCCAAGGAGUUCAACAAACGACGCGAAGACUUCUUCGAUCUCCGCUCCUACAAUGAUUAUCUUGAAGAGGUGGAAGAUAUCACUUUCAACCUUAUCAACGACGUCAACAUUGCUCAGACUGAGGCUCGGAUACUCGCUCAUCGACGUGAAAACGCAGCUCUUAUAGAACUCAACUCUCAGCGGGAAGAACAAUACGCGCAAGCUUUGAAGGAACAAGAAGAGCUAGAACGACAGGAGAAAGAACAGCGUGCACUAGAGCUGCGAAGAGAACAAGAGAUAGAGCGUGAAGAACGAGAAACAUCCCAACGCGAAAUCAUCGAUCGCCUCGAGACUAGCACAAAGAGUGCCGCCAAGGUCAUCGCCAAAUCUCGUGCCGAAGCAAUGAAGAGAUCAUCCGCUCGUUCUACUACUACCACAGUUCUAAGAAGCAAUGCCCAGCUCCUGCGUGCACGCGCUGCUCAAAGUACUGUUAUUCCAGAUCCACCACACGUCCCCUUGCAGGACGAUUGGUAUGCUUACGAAGAUCUCUACACGAUCCGGGACCAGUACGACGAUAUGUACAGCGACGCAGUAAGGAAGGAUCGUGAAGGAAUCAUGAGAGCGGGAGGAUAUCGGGUCGAAGAAGCUUGGGACAGAGCUCUCAGGUGUGCUGUUGCUGGUUUGGAUUUGCUACCUCUGCCAGGGCUGAACCCAUUGCCUGCACGGACUGACAGUAUCGUAACACCCGCCUGAAAAUUGAUUGCAGUGUUUGUUCCGCAUUGAUGUAUCAAGUCAGCUAUGACAAUUCUAAUACUGCAUCCCAGGAAGGCUAAACUCCAAAAACAAUCGCUACGUCAAUAUUCUGCAUGAAAGGUAGCACAGCAUCUGUGUAAGCUAAAUGGUUUCCGAAAAUCAAGAGGUCAGGUACGAAUGUCUCUUUUUGUUCAGCCAAGGACGAUGGGAAUGGAGGUGGCUCGACGAACAAUGCCAAUAAAGGCUGUACGAGAGUUUAUGUCAUCUUGUUUGACGCAACUUCAGGGCCUAAAUUUACGGAGCAACCAUCAUCACAAGAAUCGUGGCCUACAAAUGUUCUAGUUUACUUCCCUGUGUUUGUCGCUGAAGUCCAUCUCAUGUAGUUCCGGGAAGGGGGGAUGACACAGAGAGUUCUAAAAUGCGAC